CCUCCUCCUCCUUCCACGCGUCUGGACUCCCAAGUGUGUGCAUCUGUGUGUAUGUGUUUGCGCGCGCGUGCGGCUGGCGCUUAAUUUGCAGACGCUCCCCGGCCAGGCCGGAGAGAACGUCCUUCAGGGCCGGUGGCAGUGCCGGGUACAGUGGCCGCCCGAUCCCGGCGCGCACCAUGCCAGACUCUUGCCAAGAUGCCCAGCCCGACCUCUACCGCGACACGUGGGUGCGCUACCUGGGUUAUGCCAAUGAAGUGGGAGAGGCCUUCAGAGCUAUUGUGCCCACUUCCGCGGUGUGGCUGAGUUACGGGGUGGCCAGCUCCUACGUGGUAGCGGAUGCUGUGGACAAGGGCAAGAAGGCUGGAGCUUCCCUGAGUCCAGAGUCGGGCAGGACCACCAAGAUGGCGGUGGCCGUGGUGGACACAUUCGUCUGGCAAGCGCUGGCCUCUGUGGCCAUCCCGGGCUUCACCAUCAACCGUCUGUGCGCCGCUUCUCUCUACGUCCUCAGCAGGGCCACCAGCUGGCCCCUGGCCGCCCGCAAGUGGACGACCACGGCACUGGGGCUGAUGGCCAUUCCCGUCAUCAUUCACCCCAUCGACAGGUCUGUGGAUUUCUUGAUGGACUCCAGCCUCCGUAAAAUCUACCCUUCUCAGGAGAAGCCCAGCUCUGCUUGAUGCAGAGCCCUGUCUUGGGCCAGCUCUUCCUGCAUGCCAACUGACAUCCCAUCUGCCCAAAGGAUGCUUCCUGGAAAUCUCCAAAGUGGGGACCUGUGUACCUGAAAUCAUAGAACAUUCGAUCUCAGUGGACCCCAGAGAUCAUCCUGUCCACCCCUUAUUUGAUAGAGGAGGAAGCUGAUGGUCAUAGUGGAGGAAGGACCGUUCCCCUGGGUUAUACUGUGAAGUUAGUGGAGGAGCCAGCUCCUGGGGCUGCUGGGUUAUGGUUUCCCUCACUCCCACCCCCAACCAACACUGUGUAGGAAGCAUCCCACCCCCUACCCUCACCCUGCCCAUUGUGACUUUUACAAAGUGCUUCCCUCCCAAUGCCUCUGAGAGGGACUUGGUGCCAGUACUUUGAGUCUGUUUGAUGGAUGAUGAAACAGGCUCAGAGAGGGAAAACGAUGUGUCUGAAGUGCUCAGGGAGAAUUAUGGGAGAGUGCAAUACCAGCCAGAGUGGUUGGAGGUCUCAAUGGAAGCUGGGAGGGAGGGAAUCCCAGGAUACUGUGACCCAAUUGUGCAGAGCCAAGAAGACUCCUUCCUACCCUGUCUCUGUCCUGGUGAAGGCUGCCCAGAGGUGGGCCUGCCAAGUGGCCCCACUGGACUCUGGGUGGCUGGGACUUCUCUAGGUGCUCAAUAAAUACAAAUUGAGUCCA